CUUGCCCAAACAAAAUGGCGGACCCGAACCGUUCUGUUGUUGUUACCGAUGGUUCAAACGACGGUAGCGCCGUUUCUGGGGCCGCUGCGGGCGUACAAAGCUCACCAAAGACGGAGAAAGGAGCAGGAACUGACCCAGGUAAGAUGGACCAGCAGACUCUUGCCGCCGUCUUACAGUUCCUUAAGAACAACAACCUUAAGGAGGCAGAGGCAGCCUUAAGACAGGAGGCCAAGCUGCCGGACGGGAGCGGAGACUCCUCGGGGUCAUCAAGGGUCGCGACGAGCGGGGAGGUGUCGUCAGUUCUGUCAGCUUACGAGAGCGAAGGGGAUCUAGCGAGGUACUGUGAGUACUACAGUUCUCUCAGCUCCUUUAUCGAAUCGUCCCUGGACGCUCACAAACAUGAACUGGGCUGCCUGCUGUACCCUGUGUUUAUACACAUGUAUCUGCAGCUGGUCUAUAACAAACACGAGAAGGAAGCUCAGAAAUUCUUCAACAGGUUCAGUGUGGAACAGGAAGACUGGCAUCAAGAGGACCUUAGAACUCUGUCAACAGUGAAAACCCGUGAGCAGAUGGAGGUUAAUGACCUUAUGGACACGUUCCGGUCCAGUAAGUUCGUUCUGCGGAUGUCGCGUGACUCGUACCAGUCCCUGCGGCGGUACCUGAAGCAGCACGACCACCGAGAGCUCCUCUCCAUCCUGCAGGACCACCUCUUCAUAGACGUGUUCGACGGCGUGCCAAGAAACAGGGAACAGGUCCAGGCGACAUCAGGUGCUAUGAUGGGGGAGGCCAGGAGGGAUGCUAACAAGGUCAAGGUUCUGUAUGGACUACCCAAGGAGCCGGACAUCAACGUUCCCCUGGAUGACGAUGAUGAGGGUGGGGACGGGGAGGACAAACCUAAGAAGAAGAAACAGAAGAAAGACCUGCUGCUCAACAAGAACAAGAAAGCCGACCCCAACGCACCCCCUCCCAGUCGCAUACCGCUACCGGAGCUAAAGGAUGCAGACAAGCUGGAGAAAGUUCUGAGCUGGAAGGAGGGUCUGAAGCGAGUACCGCUCGGGAGGGACAACCUGCCUUCCAUCUGUUUCUACACGCUGGCCAACGCCUUCCAGAACGUGUCAGCUGUAGGGAUAUCUGAGGACUCAAGCCUACUGGCUGCAGGAUUUGAGGACUGUAAUGUGCGAGUGUGGAGCCUGUCCCCCCAGCGUCUCCGCACCAUGCGCGGUGCCUCGGAGCUGGACCAGCUGGACAAGGAGGCGGACGAUAUCGUGGAGAGGAUGAUGGACGAGAAGUCAGCGGCAGACUCAUGGCUCCUGCACGGACACACCGGGCCGGUCUACGCGACCAGUUUCAGCCCCGACAGGGAACAGCUACUCACGUCGUCAGAGGACGGGACUGUCAGGCUGUGGAGCCUCCAUACAUACAGUAACUUGGUGGUGUACAAAGGGCACAACUACCCGGUGUGGGACGUCCAGUUCAGCCCGACGGGGUACUACUUCGUGUCGGGGGGUCACGAUCGCGUGGCUCGGCUCUGGGGCACCGACCAGUUCCAGCCCAUCCGGAUGUUCGUGGGCCACUAUUCCGACGUGACCUGCAUCCAGUACCACCCCAACUCCAACUACGUCGCCACCGGGUCCAGCGAUCGCACUGUCCGCCUCUGGGACGUCCUGAACGGAAACUGUGUACGCGUGAUGACAGGACACAAGGCGGCGGUCCACACGCUAGCCUGGUCACCCGACGGACGUUAUCUAGCCUCCGCAGGUGUGGAUAAAAACGUCCUGCUCUGGGACAUCGCGUACGGUCGGCUUCUAGCAGAAAUGAAAGGACACACCGACCCUGUCUACUCUCUUUGCUUCAGUAGGGAGGGUACCAUACUAGCCUCCGGUGGCAUCGACAACACUGUUAAGAUAUGGGACGUUCAGAAGGUUUUUGAGGAGAUCGCAGGUUCGGACGAUUUGACAAGUCUAGACCGGGCUUCGUUGGUGGAGGUUGGGCCGCUGCUGUUGGGCUCGUUUGCGACUAAAGCCACACCGGUUUUGAAGCUGCAUUUCACACACAGGAACUUACUGCUGGGUUGUGGGAGAUACCAGCAUAACUAGGACUGGAGGGGGGGGUGAUAGCUGAAGACAUUCCAUGAACUUAUUUUCUUGUAUUGUAUAUUAUGUACAUGUACAUUGUAUGGCCUCCUGUCAAUAUUGACCAUGGUAAAAUCCUAAUUGAUAACAGCCCUACAGCUCUGGCAGUCCUAUAUGAGAAUGACAGUCUCUGCCACAUACAUUUGUACAUGUACAUGUAAGGCACAUCUGUAAGCUGACUCAAUAUUAAAUGCAUUCAUUUUUGCAAUUAAUUCACCUGUGACUCAAUUAAUG